AUGGAGAUGGAGCUGAGAUGGAGCAGAGAUGGAGUUGAGAUGGAGCAGAGAUGGAGCAGAGAUGGAGUUGAGAUGGAGCUGAGAUGGAGCAGAGAUGGAGCUGAGAUGGAGCAGAGAUGGAGCAGAGAUGGAGCUGAGAUGGAGUUGAGAUGGAGCAGAGAUGGAGCAGAGAUGGAGUUGAGAUGGAGCAGAGAUGGAGCAGAGAUGGAGCAGAGAUGGAGCAGAGAUGGAGCUGAGAUGAAGCAGAGAUGGAGCUGA